AUGCAGGGGGGCUUGUGAGAGGGCUUAAGAUCUGACCGGGGUUCAGGAGAAGCAACCAGAGGUGCCCUUUCCACAUGAACAGACGGCAGGAGCGCUUACCUGAGAUCAGCGAUGAUGAUGAUGGGUAACAGGAGAGCGCCGUGGAGUCAUGGAGUGAAACGAGGCUGAUCAGGUGUCAGAGGAAGAGAAGAGAGCUGAGGGGACCAGGAAGAUGCAGUCUUUGCGCAGAGUAAAAGCUACGCCCAUCCCAGGUCCAGGCGGACCAAAGGUCCACCGUGAGCCCUCUCCCAGUGACUCCACCUGGGAGUUGUAAUCAGCUGUUGGCCUUCUCCACGAUCCUUCUCUUCUGUACCAGCGGGAAGCUGCAGAGCUCAGAUAGACUUGACUCCUGCAGCCGGGCCUUUAAACCAAGGGUAGAUAAAAACAGGAGCCACUAUGGACAAGAGCUAUACGCAGAUUUCCAGAGAGGAUCUGGAGGACCUCCAAGAGGCCUUUAAUAAAAUUGAUAUUGACAAAAGUGGCUAUGUGAGUGACUUCGAGCUUCAGGAGCUGUUCAGAGAAGCAAGCCUCCACCUGCCCGGGUACAAAGUGCGAGAGAUCGUUGAGACCUUUAUGGCUGGAGAUACAAAUAAAGACGGAAAAAUCAGCUUCAACGAAUUUGUUUCUAUUUACCAAGAUCUGAAGAGUAAGGAGAUCAGUGGGUCGUUCAAAAAGAUACUCACUAGGAAAGAUGGGAUCUACUCCUUCGGAGGAAAGUCAGGAGUCUCCUGCGAGGGAACACAGCACUCCUAUUCUGAUGAAGAGAAAGUAGCUUUUGCUCGAUGGAUCAACAAAUCUUUGGGGAAAGAUCCCGACUGCCGUCAUCUGCUGCCUGUAGAUCCGAAUGAUGAGAGCCUUUUUGCCUCCCUCCGUGACGGCAUCGUCUUAUGUAAGCUGAUCAACCUGUCCCAGCCUGACACGAUUGAUGAAAGAGUCAUCAACACAAAGAAAUUCACCACCUUCACAAUGAGGGAAAAUAUCGUCUUGGCCCUGAACUCGGCCUCAGCCAUCGGCUGCACAGUGGUGAGCAUUGAUGCCCAUGACCUGAUGGCUGGGAAACCCCACCUGGUCCUGGGACUGCUCUGGCAGAUUAUCAAGGUUGGCCUCUUUGCUGAUAUAGAAAUCACCAGGAAUGAAGGCUUGAUUUCCCUUCUGAUGGAGGGAGAAGAGCUGGAACAUCUCAUGUCUCUGUCUCCCGAGGAGCUGCUUCUGCGAUGGGUCAACUACCACUUAAUCAACGCGGGAACAGAGACUAUCAGCAACUUCAGUGCUGAUAUCAAGGACUCGAGGGCCUACUUCUACCUGUUGGACCAGAUUGCCCCUCAAGAUGAAGACGAGUUCCACAUGGGGAUCAAAAUCAACAUGGCCGGCCUCAGCGAGCGGGAUUUGGAGCGAAGGGCAGAGCUGAUGCUGCAGGAGGCGGCCAAGCUGGACUGCCGGCAGUUUGUUUCCCCGCGCGACGUCACGUCUGGGAACAGCAAACUCAACCUGGCCUUCGUGGCCAACCUGUUUAACAUGCAUCCUGGUCUGCAGAAGGCAAAGUAUAAUCUGGACGGGGAACACAUAGAGGCGGAAACCAGAGAGGAGAAAACCUUUCGCAACUGGAUGAAUUCUCUGGGUGUCUCUCCGCGUGUAAAUCAUCUAUAUCGGGACCUUUGUGAUGGCUUGGUGAUUCUGCAGCUUCUAGAAAAAGUCAGAGUGGUCGUGAACUGGAAGAAAGUCAACAAUCCUCCUUACCCUCAACUGGGGGGAAAUAUGAAAAAGCUGGAGAACUGUAACUACGCCGUGAAGCUGAGCAGGGACGAAGCUAACUUCUCGCUGGUCGGAGUCGGAGGAGAAAACCUAAACGAGGGGAGUCGCACGCACACCCUGGCUCUCGUCUGGCAGCUGAUGAGAAGGUACUCCGUCCUGGUUCUGUCAGAUUUGGACAACGGGAAGAAAGUUGUGGAUCAGUUUAUCCUGGACUGGGUCAACGCCACCCUGAAGGAGAGACACAAGGACACGCAGAUCAGCAGCUUCAAGGACAAGCUGAUCAGCACCAGUUUGCCGGUGAUUGACCUGAUUGACGCCAUCGCCCCCGGCAUGGUCAAGUGGGACAUGGUCAAGAGAGGUGAAAGGGGAGUCCUGAAGAAUGAUGAGAAGCUCAACAAUGCCAAGUAUGCGAUCUCAUUGGCUCGUAAGAUCGGCGCUCGUGUCUACGCCCUGCCGGAUGACUUGGUGGAGGUCAAAAGUAAAAUGGUGAUGACGGUGUUUGCCUGCCUCAUGGGACACGACUUGAAAAGAGGCAAACGCUAAACAGAAAACCGUGUGUUUUUUUUUUUUAAACAAAAAGGAAAAAGUGUUUGCAUUUUAUUUUCAGCAAUUUUUUUUUUCAUUACCACUGUUUUUGUUUAUUUUCUUUGAGCUGUACCUUUGCUACGAUCACCAGAACAAAUCUACUGGCCAUUCUCAUUUUUCCUUCCUCGUGGCCUUAACCAACAUUUGGAUUCCUUUCCUGCUUGUAAAGCCGCUGCAUUUGUUUAGCUAUGAUUUAGAACUCAUUUGCUUAAUACAUAUUAAGCCAUUCCUAUUCUACAGUGUUCACUACCUCUGCUAUUAAAGAUUAACCAGAGGUGGGGAAAAUAAUUAUCUCUCAAAAAGGCCUUCUUGUCGAGCCUAUGCAAGUCGUGCAUAAAAAAUUUCUGUUGAAUUAUUGAAGAUGACAACUAUUAAAUAGAAAAGUUCAAAAU